AUGUCGAUACCAUCUAAUAAUUCCACCACAUCUUUGGAAUCCACUUCAAUUCCAGGUCUUUCGACUCCACAGGUAAAUAAUAGUGAAUUCGAUAAUACUAAGUCCCAAGACGCUACUAAUCUGUUUACUACUACCGUGAUACAUAAGGAUGGGUUAGAAGACCCAGAUGUCAGUAUAAAUAAUGGAAAAGUGGUUUCUGUCUUUGAUGUAGCUCUAGAUCUAGAAGAUAAACUUAAUGAAAUUUUACAACAGAUUGAUAACGCUGAUAAAGAAAUAAAUGAUCGAAUGGAUAAGGUUGCUUCUAGACUAACGGCAUUAGAGCAAAAGGUAUCACAAGCAAGCUAG